GGGCGCGGGGCGCUGAGGGCACGGCGGGAGGGGCGGCGCGGGGCCUCGCGUGGCCGUGAGGGUCGGGCCUCAGCCUUCCGCCGGGCCGCUGCGGCGCGUCCUGCCGUUGGGAACGAAGGCAGCAGGAAGGCGGUGUGAGGCUUGCUUGUAAGGCAGAACUGCGUCAUGUGCCACGCAGGGCCGGGACGUCUGGUGCGCUGCGCCCUUCCAGCUUACAGGUCGCCACAUCAUAGCACGCUCGGGCAACGUGAUUGCUAAUUAAAAUCCAGGAAGCCUGCAGUAGCCAGCAGAACGCUUACCUUUGGCGAGCCUUGCUUUGGUGACGGAUAUUUGGUGGACUUUCCUGCCUCACUGCUUUUGAAGUUUCCUGGAGCGCAGUGGUCCCACCGGGUGCAGGAUGGACCCUGUGGUUCUCAGCUACAUGGACAGCUUGCUGAGGCAGUCAGAUGUUGCCCUGCUGGACCCUCCGAACUGGCUCAACGACCACAUCAUUGGUUUUGCCUUUGAGUACUUUGCCAGCGACCAGUUCCAAGAAUUUAGUGAUCAGAUUUGCUUUAUCAGCCCCGAAGUGGCUCAGUUCAUCAAAUGUGCCCUUAGCCAGGACGAAAUAGCCAUAUUCCUUCAGCCACUGGACCUGCCUCACAAGAAGCUGGUGUUCCUGCCCAUCAAUGAUAACUCCAACCAGGCAGCAGGGGGCACCCACUGGAGCUUACUGGUUUACUUCAGGGACAAAAAGUGCUUUGCCCAUUACGAUUCCCACAGCAAGUGCAACUCUGUUCAUGCCAAGCAAGUGGCAGGGAAACUGGAGGCCUUCCUGGGGAAAAGAGGAGGCAAAGCAACCUUCGUGGAGGAGAAGGCGCCGGCCCAGCAGAACAGCUAUGACUGCGGGAUGUAUGUGAUCUGCAACACCGAGGCUCUGUGCCAAGGGUACUUCAGGGAACAGCAAGAGCCUCUGCUACAGCUCCUCACCCCUUCCUACAUCACACAGAAGAGAAGCGAAUGGAAAGCUCUCAUUACCAAGCUCACACAGAAGUGAUCUGGGUGCUCUCAAGUCGCCGCUCUCAGUGCCUGAGGGAGGUGCCCACGCUCAGGAUUUUUCCCCUCAAGAAGAAUGUAACUCCUUCAGCAUGGUUCCAACCCACAGUGCCCUCCUCACAAAGCCUUAGUCUCCUCUGGAAGUCACCGGCCUUUCAGCUUCCCACCAAUGAAGUCACUUGGCUUUCAAAGAAAUCUCCCUGUCUGUGCUGAUUUUUACGCUCAUUGCUGUGGCAAAAUGGGGUGCUAAAGAGACUUCACCUCUGCCCAGCAAGUAACGCACCCUCAUUAGGUGGCUUUAAUUAGGGGGCAUUGCUGCUCCUUUCUGGUUUAGCAAUGCCUGUUAAAACCAAGCACAGAAUGCUUUAUUGUGGACAGCCCUCAUCUGCACCUCCAGCUCUGGGUGUUUGCAGCAGCAAUGCUGGAGUUCCCUCAAACACUUGAUAGUGAGAUAUGCCCAGUGAUCAGACUCAAAAGGAAAUGCUGCAGUGAAUUGCAGAAUGGGGCAAAAAUCAGUGUUCUACAGAUAGCUGCUCCUUGCCUGUAUGAAGGUAGCUUUAUUUUUUUUUCUUUUUUUGUUCCUUUUUUUUCUUCCUUCUCCACCCCUGCUUGCUCUGAUUACAAAUUAAAGCCUGGCUCUGAGCUACUGGAAGAUGAAUAGGUGAAUAGGAAGCUGAGAAAACAACUCCUAGGAAAGGAAGCAUAAUUGAAAUGGAAAGUGACGCUCUGUCUUUGAAGUCUUUUUUUUUCUUCAUGAUUUUAGGUCAUUUCCAUUUUGGGGGACGGUGCUGCACCAUUCCCCAGCCCUCAUUAUCUUUUGCUGUGCUUGCUGUAGCACAGAAGCACUUUUUGUAUUACCCCAAUUUAAGAAAAAAAAAAACAAAAAAACAAAAAAACAAGGACAACAAAGGGGCAGAAUUUGAGGUAUAAAAGCCAAAGAUAACAGUCUCCUUGAAGUUUGAAAUGUUGGUCCCUAAUACCCUUCUGUCAUGAUUGCCACACUCAGAACACACGGGUGCCAACUGGAUCAAGGAAAUCCAGGUUAAAAACAACCCUCAAAAAGGCAGAGGAGUUCCUUUAACCUGCACCUCCCCACACAUCCCAUUUGCAGCACCAGCACAGCGAUGGCCAGCUGUAGUGUGGGGCAUAAGUGUCUUCAGCUCCCCUUGUUUUUAAGAAAGGUAAGUAGAUGCAGCCUGGCACACUGCUCCAAACACACACACACACAAUGGAGCUCUGAGUCGUUACCAAAGGUGAGCAGCCAGCAGCGUGCGGCUUUCCUCCCUGGGAAAUCACCUCCACUGCUCGGAUGGAUCCAAAAACCCCAAAGAAGCAUCGAGUCUCUUGCUGAGGGAAUUUCCUUUGGAGCGUAGGUUCUACGAGGCCCAGCCAGCGCCGUUCCCCAGAUGAGACACCUCUGCACCCCGCAGUGCAGUCGCGUCUCAGAGACGUUGCGGAUGAGCUGUGUGUUUAAUGCCAACAAAUACUUCUGUCUGGUGCGAUGGCGUUAACUCCCGUCUGUACCCAAAUGGGAGGAGUGGGUGAAGGAAUAAAACUCCUGGGUCCCUUCUUUCUUGGGGGAACCACAAAUAAAACUUUAAGUAAACCCUACUCUUGACUGAGUUGUGGUAUUUACACCAGCACCUAGCGGCACGGCGGUGCCCAGCUGUCCCACCGUGUGUUUCUGUGCAUCAUACUGGGGGCUUUGACUUGCUGCUGGAGUCCUCCUCUUCCCAGGCACCGCUCCUGCAGCUGCUAAAGCAAAGUGGCACUGCAGCAAGCGCAGGAACUGCAUGGUGUGAUCGAAGCAUUGCUUUAGAGGGGGGAUUUAGAGCAGAGUGGGCGGAGCAGAGGCUGUGACCAGGCACUGCUCGGGGACACGAGGACAGCAGGUGAUGGGAGAGAGGCACUUGGAGAUCUUGUCUGAAGGCUGUGACACACAGCUGCCUCCUGAGUCGCCUCUGUCCUAUAAGGAGGGCAGGGCUGUCAGAGAUGACCAAGCUGCCAAGGAGGGCUGGUGCACCCCGAGCU